AAAAUGCAUGUUCUUGCUGAUACAGGAAGUACUGGUGUGAUCUGAUGAAAAAGGGAAGUUAUAAUAGAUCUGAGGCCAGUCAGUAGAGUGUACUUCAGAUUCUGUUCCUGCAGCACAGCUUCAGUCCAUCUCUAAUCAGCAGCAGUGUUACAGCUGGAAACUUGGGAUCUAAACAGGAGAUCCCCACACUUCAGGAAGGUUGAUGUUCCUCAAUGAAUGAAAGGAUGGACAUCUGGAGAGCAGAGAAACUGAUUCUACUCUGUUUUCUGUUGAAAGGUGUUUGCUGCAGAGAAUUUAGCGUCAGUCUGCCAGAGAAGAUUGAAGCUCUCAGUGAAUCCUGUGUGAUCAUAAAGUGCACUUUUGAGAUUAAAAAAGAUUUUGACCAAUACCUCACUGAGAGUGCUGCUACAGGAAUGUGGCUCAAAGAUGGAACUGAAGAGGAUACACAUCAAGUGUUUAACUCCAGAGAUCCCAAACCUAAUCACUUUAAUGGGAAAAUAACUGGAAAACUACAUGAGAAGGACUGCACCACUGUCUUUUAUAAUGUUAGCUCAAAGCACAAUGGUAAAUAUUACUUCAGGAUUAAGAGUGGUGAAGUUCUGAAAUACACCUACACACAACCCUUCUCCACUAUAGAUGUCAUUGGCCCUCCUCCCAAACCCAGAGUGCAGCUGUAUGUGGAGCAGAAGGAGGUGCAGGGUCAGGAGGAGGUGUUGGAGGGGAGCUCUGUGAGUCUGCGCUGCUCUGCUGAGACUCUCUGCUCCUCUCCUCCACCAACUCUCACAUGGAGCUCCACUCCCAGAAUCCCCCUCAGUGACAGCAGCAGACUACAGGAGCUCAUCUCUGAUCUGAACUUCACUGCUACUCACCGUGAGCAUGGAGUCACUUUCACCUGCACUAUAACCUACCAGCUACAGGACAAGAGCAAAACAGCACAGGACAGCAUCACAGUACAUGUUCAGUAUUCGCCAAAAAACACAGCAGUGUCUGUGCUUCCCUCCAGCUCUGUGUUGGAGGGCAGUUCAGUGACUCUGAUCUGCAGUAGUGAUGCAAAUCCAGCAGUGUUGAGCUACACCUGGUCCAGAGAGAGUGAAGGACAGUUGAAGCAGCUGCAGACUGGACAAAAUCUUACCUUCAAUAGGACCGACCCGACACACAGAGGCUGGUACUACUGUACAGCUCAGAACCAACACGGCAGCCAAAACUCAUCAGUGAAGCUGAACAUUCAGUAUUCCCCUAAAAACAUAUCAAUUUUAGCCAUUCCCUCCAGCUCUGUGUUGGAGGGCAGUUCAGUGACUCUGAUCUGCAGCAGUGAUGCAAAUCCAGCAGUGAACUACACCUGGUCCAGAGAGAGUGAAGGACAGUUGAAGCAGCUGCAGACUGGACAAAAUCUUACCUUCAAUAGGACCGACCCGACACACAGAGGCUGGUACCACUGUACAGCUCAGAACCAACACGGCAGCCAAAACUCAUCAGUGAAGCUGAACAUUCAGUAUUCCCCUAAAAACAUAUCAAUUUUAGCCAUUCCCUCCAGCUCUGUGUUGGAGGGCAGUUCAGUUACUCUGUUCUGCAGCAGUGAUGCAAAUCCAGCAGUGAACUACACCUGGUCCAGAGAGAGUGAAGGACAGUUGAAGCAGCUGCAGACUGGACAAAAUCUUACCUUCAAUAGGACCGACCCGACACACAGAGGCUGGUACCACUGUACAGCUCAGAACCAACACGGCAGCCAAAACUCAUCAGUGAUGCUGGACAUUCAGUAUGUUCCUCAGAUCUCCACUUCCUCCAGCUGUAGCAGAACUGAUGUAACUGUGUGUUUCUGUGAGGCUGAUGGGAAUCCCUCUCCUGAACUGGAGUGGCAUCUGUCUGGACGUCCCGUCACUAACUCUUCAAACACGUUCAUCAGUGAAGAGCGAAUGAGCAGCACAGGCUUGAGGAGCUCCAUCACUCUUCAUCAGUCUCUCACAAACACAUCCACUCUGCAGUGUGUCAGCAGAAACACUCGAGGCAAUGCAAGUCAACUGCUUCAGCUGCCUUCAUCCUUUGAACGUUUGAAUCCUUUCUCUGUGCCGAUUGGAGUUGCUGUUGUGGCUCUGGUGGUCAUGUUGUUAAGCACCAUUACAUGCAUCUGUGUACGAAAAGGGAAUGGGAAACAUUUACAGACUACACAAGAAGGCACCGAGAGAAGUGAUCGAAGUACUAGUGAAGUCGCUCCACACGAGAAUCAAGACGACUCUGUUUAUGUCAUGAUGUCACCUGCUGGAGCCGCAACAAAUCAAGACUCCGUCAUUUAUUCCUCUAUUGUCUUCAGAAAAUCGGAAUCACAAGAGUUUGGUAGCGUCUCUUCACUUCAUUCUGUCUACGCGGUGGUCCAGGAUUGUUUUGAAGGACUGUUAAAGAGUGAGAGCUCAAUAGGAGAGUCUUCCAGAGCCAGAGAAGAACAAGUGAUUGUGAGUGCUUAUGCGCAAACUAAACAAACAGAGUCAAAGCAAUCAGAGGAAGAGCUGUUUAAAGACUCCUCUCAGCUUUACGCAACGGUUAAACGCCGUAACCCAUAGAAAAUUGGAGACUUUGCCAUUCCUCUAUUCCUAAAAAAAUAUUCAGAUACUGUAUAUGUAAAUAAGAGAAAAAUGUAAACAUUUAACCCCAUUAUUGGUGACUCAUCACACAACUUUACAGGUCACUGAUAGGUUGUGAAAUGUGUUGGUUAAAAACAGACAAGCAGACUGAUGAGUUAAAAGCAGUGGAGAAUGCAAGGAUAAACUUGUAGUUCUUACAUUUAACUCAUUUGGUGUGCCUUUAGUAUUUAAUCUUUUGUUGUGCAUUAUAUAUUAUUCCAUUCUUUGGUGUUUUGAGGAAUGUUAAAUCCACAUGGUAUUAUUUGAAAUCCCUUGGAUUUGCCAUGGAAAUUGGAAUGUGAUAUGUUCUAUUUUAUACAUAAUACUGAUUUCAGAGCAACAAAUAUUCUGGAGUAGAAGCACUUCUGAAUUAAUGAGUAUCAAAAUCAGUCUAAGAAUUUCAUUUGGUGCUUUUGAGACUAAACUGAAGUUCCAACAAAAUAAUCUACGGAUUCUCCAUAGCAACCUGUGGUUGUUGUUUUAUUUUCUUACAGUUUUGUUUAUUUGUUUUUAAUCAUUUAAUUAUUAAAUUCUUCGAUUUGAUCAUACUCAUUUACUACAUGUAUAAUUUAAACAUUUAAUCAUAAUCUUAUGAGUUAUUAAGAAUGAUCCAUAGAAGAGCAACAUAUCCAUAUUAAUAAGAAAACAGAUUCAACACAUUUUAUCUGAUCUAAUAUCUGAUUUCCAACAUCUUUAAAUGUAUAUUUUUCAAAAAAAAAAAAAAAAUAAAACUUGUCUUAGAAGAGGUGUAUUUCAGUCAUUGUAUUUAAAUAAUUAAGAGUUAUGGAUAAAAAUGAACAUCAUGUUACAGACCCUUACAUUCAUACCUGUAAAAAUGUAAGUUGUUGUGAUAUAAAACAAACUUUCAAAUCAAGUGGCAUUUAUUUUUUACAGAUAUACUUGUCAAACUGAACACAAAAAGUGUUUGACGUGGUUGUCGUGUUACUGUGAUGAACAAUGCUGUCUUUACUGUACAUUUAUGUGAACUUGAGGGGAACCAAGUGUACAUUCACACCAGUAUAAGCACCUUGACACCAUUUGAUUAAAAGCCGUUGCAAAAAAUAGAGAAGUUAUAUCUGAGAAACUCUUAAUCAUAAAUAGUUUGUAGAUUCCACUUUUGAUAAUUUGUAUGCUAUAAUAUUCACGUAUGUGCCAUAAAUGUAUAUGUGACUUAAAAGCAGCAUUUGGAGGUAUUCCAGUGUUUCCUGCAUUUCAGAAUUAAUCUUCAUGUGCAAUUCAAAAUAGAAACUGGAAAAAACAAUACAGAAAUUCUUUCAUGUUAGAGAGUAGUUUGCUUAAUAAUGUAGUUGUCUAAUAAACCUGGAAUUGUAUAUUA